AUGAAAGUUUUUAACACAAAGCUUCAAACGGUAGUGAGAGAACAACUUACUGCGGAAGGACAUCCAUUACCUUCAGAAGUUACCAUAGCAUAUAAUUUUGAAACAAACUCAAUAGAUUUUAAAGUCGUCUUUGCAAAGAAGUCAGGUUUUACAUUUAAUGAAGCAGAUGUAUAUUCGAAUGAAAACUUCAAAGCUAUUGCAUGGUUAGAUAAUGACGAUUGCUUUAAGAAAAUAUUUAAAUACAGUGACUCAACGAUGUCAAUAGAUGACCUUCGUGGAAUGUUACCAUCGACGUUUACAGUAGAAGGUUCAGCAGGAUUGCUUACAAGAUUGUCAAUUGGUGGCAUUUGGUCUCGUGAAAACAUUGUUAUAAAAUCCAGUAUAAGUGAAUUUGCUGAAGAAUCUAUAUUAUGUCUUUCAAACUAUAUGUAUUCGCCGCCGAAGCAUUAUAGUAUAACAAACUUUGUCAGUAAGUUUAACAUAAGACUUGUCGAACCUUCUUCAAUGAAAGAUGUUGUGCUACCCAAAGACGGAAAGGAUGGACUCAUUAUUGAGAUGAUUUUAAUAGCAUAUUAA